AUGGGUCCUCUACAGUAUUUAUUUCUCUGUGGACUUCUGUACACCCAAACCGACGGGUCUCGUCUACGCCAGGAAGACUUCCCUCCCCGCAUAGUGGAGCACCCCUCUGACCUCAUUGUCUCCAAAGGGGAACCGGCCACUCUCAACUGUAAGGCCGAGGGCCGUCCAACCCCGACGGUGGAGUGGUCCAAAGACGGGGAGCGAGUCGAGACGGACCGCGACAACCCCCGCUCCCACCGUAUGCUGCUGCCCAGCGGGUCCCUCUUCUUCCUGCGUAUCAUCCACGGACGACGGAGCAAGCCGGACGAUGGCAGCUACGUGUGCGUGGCCAAAAACUAUUUGGGGGAGGCCGUAAGCCGGAACGCAUCUCUCGAAGUAGCAUUGCUACGGGACGACUUCAGGCAGAACCCACAGGAUGUGGUGGUGGCGGUCGGGGAGACUGCCAGUCUGGAGUGUCAGGCUCCACGCGGGCAUCCUGAACCCACCACCUUCUGGAGGAAAGAUAAAGUCCGCCUUGAUCUCAAAGAUGACAGGAUCACGGUUCGUGGAGGAAAGCUAACCAUCUCAAAUACCAAGAAGAGUGAUGUGGGGAUAUAUGUGUGUGUGGCGGCCAACAUGGUUGGGGAGAGAGAGAGUGAAAAAGCUCAGCUCUCAGUGUUUGAAAGACCAGUGUUUGUGCAACGGCCUGUGAACCAGGUGGUCCUAGUUGACGAGACUGUAGAGAUCAGGUGUCAGGUUCAUGGUGACCCACCUCCCACUCUGCGCUGGAAAAAGGAGGACGUGGAAGUUCCCCGCGGCAGGUAUGAGAUCAGAUAUGAAAAAGAGGACUUCCUGCUACGGAUAAAGAAAGCAUCAGUCAGUGAUCAGGGAACCUUCACCUGUGUAGCAGAGAACCGUGUGGGUAAACUAGAGGCCUCUGCCUACCUGACAAUCAGAGCUCGCCCUGUUGAGGCGCCCCAGUUUGUGGUGCGACCCCGUGACCAGAUUGUGGCACAAGGUCGAACAGCUACCUUUCCUUGUGAGACCAGAGGAAAACCACAGCCCACUGUCUUUUGGCAGCGAGAGGGUAGCCAGGAUCUUCUGUUCCCCAACCAGCCACAACAGGGAGAUAGCCGUGAUUCUGUGUCAGUGAAUGGAGAGUUGACCAUUACAUCUGUGCAACGCUCUGAUGCUGGGUAUUAUAUCUGCCAGGCGCUCACUGUAGCAGGCAGCAUCCUGGCCAAGGCCCAGCUUGAGGUAGCAGACGCCCCUGGUGCAGCUCCGCAGCAAGUGACAGUGUUGACAGUCGGCAGCCAUAACAGCACGUCCAUCAGUGUGUCAUGGGACCCUCCUCCAUCCGACCAACAGAACGGCAUCAUCCAGGAGUACAAGAUCUGGUGUCUAGCCAACGAAACCCGCUUUCAUGUCAAUAAGUCUGUGGAUGCAACCAUCCGUUCAGUGGUGGUUGGGGGGCUGCAGACUGGAAUGCAGUACCAUGUGGAGGUGGCUGCAGGCACCAGUGCAGGGGUGGGGGUCAAGAGCAAACCCCAGCUCAUCAUCUUGGGUGCAGAACUGAGGGACGUAAUGACGGGAUCGGAGGGCAACAAUAGCAUCUCAGACGUGGUGAAGCAGCCAGCCUUCAUCGCUGGUUUGGGAGGGGCCUGCUGGAUUGUUCUCAUGGGCUUCAGCGCCUGGUUGUACUGGAGGAGGAAAAAGAGGAAGGGACUUAGCAACUAUGCAGUUCAAUCCUUCACAUUUACGCGUGCAGUUACAUUCCAAAGAGACAGAGGCCUGAUCAGAAAUGGAAGCCGUCCAGGGCUGUUGAAAGCGGGUGACCAAGGCCUCCCCUGGCUGGCUGACUCCUGGCCCUCCACGAGCCUCCCGGCUAACGGUGGCUUAGGGAGUCCGAAGGGCGGCAGCAACUUUGGCCGAGGAGAUGUUUUCCCGUCCGCAGCAAUGGAGAAGACGGGCACCAUGCUGUCGGAUGGUGCCAUCUACAGCAGUAUUGACUUCAUGGGGAAGGCAGGCUACAGCAGCCCAGCGCGAGGCAGUAAACCCACCCCCUAUGCCACCAGUCAGAUACUCCAGUCCAACAGUUUCCACGAGCUGGCUGUGGACAGGCCAGAUCCCCGCUGGAAGGCUUCUCUCCAAGCCCAGCAGGAAAUGGCAAACCUGGGCUACUCGUUAACUGACAGACGCCCUGGCAGUGGUGCAAAGAGUGGGAAGAAAAAGAAGGUGAAGAGUGGAACGAAGGCCUCUAAAUCAAAUGGGUCGUGCUGGGCUAACAUGCCCCUGCCUCCACCACCCAUGCAUCCACUCCCUGGCACUGAGGUUGACCUUGACCGUUACCCUCAGGAAAACCAUGGAGGAGGAUAUGACAGCAACAGUUGGGCCCCACCAAUGUCUGUCCAGACGUACUGCCACCAGAAUUUGGUUGAUGAGACAGAGGAGGAGAGAGGUCCCACUCCUCCCCUGAGAGGAAGAUCCUCCUCUCCAGCAGCAACUUCCUUCAGCCAGCCCUCAUCUUCCUCUCUCAGCUCUGCCCACCACGAUGAAAUGCAAUCCAUUUUGCAGGCCCACUUGGAUGAGCUGACCCGAGCUUACCAAUACGAAGUCGCCAAGCAGACAUGGCAGAUGAAGGGCAGUCCCAGCGUUUCCACUACCCCCAUCCCUCCUGUGGACUUCAUGUCCAGUACACUGGGCUCUGAUCUGGGAGCGACUCUGCUUUCUGAGGAAGAUGAGGACUUGGAGGAGGAGGAAAGAUACGCCAUGGUUUCAAAGAAUUUGUGUAGCUUUGAAUACACUCCCGGUCACACCGUAGACAGCCUUGAGGGCUCAGGUAAAGGCUCCCAGCAGUGUCGCCGAGACAGCUCUGGCUCACCAGACCAUGGCGUCCAGGGCACGCAUAGCCUUGGCCACCAGAGGGCCCCACUGACAGGCCUCAAACCACAGACGGGCAAGGUCGGGACUCUGCCCAGGCGAAGGGACACCAACACCGAGGCGGCCCACACGCCGGCUGUGAAGUCCCUGCACAGCCUGGGUUCCCGCAUGCCCAGCUCGUGGGCAGCUGUGGCUUCAGACCCAUCUGAGGAGUGCAUGGUGACUGUGUCGACGCUGGAGCGCCAGCAUAUGGCUUCCUUGAGCGGCACAACAACAUCCAACAGGGCCACCCUGAGUCGGGGUUCCCACAAGAGACCCGGCACAGAACACACCCACAACGGGCAUCCUUCCACAAGCAGCACAGAGAAAAGGGAGCACUGUAGGUUUUAGUCUCACAGGGACAUAUUAGUAUGCACAUUAAACAGCAUGGAUGUAAUUUAAGCAGCAAAUGUCAUCUCUCUGUACAGAGAGAAAUCAUUUGCAGGCUUGAUUGAAACUUUCUUGACAUUUUCAUUAUCAAUUUUAUAGUUUAAUUUGCUUUUCCCCGAUUGACAAAGAUUAAGAAAAAGGAUAUGCAGUUUAAUGAUGGACAUAAUACGUUGUUAAUUCACUUCUUUAAAGGAAGACAAAACAACUCUUGUAUUCACUUGUGACUGCAUCACGAUGCAGUUAUAUAUUGUCUACCACUCAAUAUACAUUUUAAAAAGUCUAGAUUUGGAAGAAUUAAGCUCCAACAUUUUCGAUCAGAAAGAAUUGGCCCAAUUUAUAUUCCAAUGUGAGAUGCUUCCUGGGAUUGUGAAACAGUGAUGCAGAUAUCAACCCAGAUGUGACAUUGUUGUUUUUGGUGUGUGUGCUCCUCCAGAGUCUUUGUGAAGCAUCGUUCCCUGCCGCUGCUCCAUGUCUCAGGACACCUUGUUUGUAUGAGAUUUCCUUUCUGCGAGUGACACAGAAUGAUGUUUGGAAGAUGGAGAGGAGACAGAAUGAAGAUAAAGUAAAAGAGUGCAAGAUAAAAUGCAGAGUUGUAAAUUCCAUGUACAGACACAGACACCAGUCUCACAGUGUUAUUUUCAUCCCCUCUUCAAAAGAGUAAACAGUAAGUUAUAUGUUCGCUUCUUUUCUCUGUCACAUGGUGUAAUAAAAUUCACACAGUGAAGAUGGUAAAUCACAGCAAAAUGACAAACUAAUAUGAAAAAGGACUUGCAUAAUUUGUAAAUAUAUUUUGUAAUGUUUUUUUCUCUUCUUUUGCUUUGCGAUGCAAGACAAACCUAAUGUUGUCUCUUUUGUGAUUUAUUACCGUGAAUGAUUUUUUUUCAUUACUGCUCAAACUGUUAGCUUAUUUUGAUGAAGCUACUGUAUUGUUGUACUUUGCACAGAGCGUCUUUUGGUGAAAAUAAGCACAAGCCCAUUGUCAGCUGAGCUGAGGCGGAGAAUCAUAAUGGCAAAAAGGGACGUCUAUGUUAAACAGAACCUAAACAGAAUAUAUAUAUACUUGGCUGUGCUAUAAUUGUUUCGAGAAACACUAAGAUAUUGAGAGUUGCAAGGGAAAACAGGUUAAUACCUGGAAAUAAUAUGCCAAUGUAAUAAACUGUGUUUCACACGACUCGCUGGAAAUCCUAUUAUGCAUAAUACUCUUAAUGGUUUUAAGCGAAGGUUAACCAAAACAUUGUUUUACGGUGACAACGCAACACAUCAGUUGUGAUAUCCAAAGCAAAGACAUAGAUAGAUGAAUAGGUUUGUGUCUUUUCCCUCCCAUUCGCAACAAAAACGAAUAUGUAAUUAUAAAAUGGUAAUUUUUUCCCAAUUACAUACAGUGCAAUAUUGAAAGGGCAGUAUGAGACAGUAAAGGGACGUGUCCAGUCCACCAUGUCCUGUUGUCACGGGAAGGCAGAUGAAAUGCGAUGAGACAAGAUUUGUUCUCAUGCAUCACACUUUUGAAUGGUUAUGGAUUUACAUCCAUAUGGAUGGUCACCUGACAAAGAUGUAUAGACUUGACCAACUGCCAAAUUUGAAGAUCUUUUCAAAACCUUUUUUUAGUUUUUCGAAAUGCAGCCAAUUAGUAUUGUCUGCCAAUGAGAUUCACGAUGCAUUGUCUUCGCACUUGUUUGGAUGGUUUUGUUCUGAUUAUUGUUCUGGUAAUGGCUCGCCCUUUGAACAAUCUUCACCUUGCCAGAUUGGUUUGCCCUCAGGAAUAUGCAGCCACAUACAGUUGGGUCAUUUUUUCAAUCCGUUGAUGCAAAAUAAAAUGUGUAUGUGAA